AUGCAGAGUUAUCUCCUUCAAAAGCUUGUUAAAGUGCUGGGAAGAAGAUCAAUGGGCUGCGUUCUUCAAAAGGGUAUUUUCGAGACCGGCUGGCCCUCCAAGGGGGACACCGACGAGGCCGGAGCCACUCCGGAGAAUGCCAAGAAGUACAACGGCAACCUCAUCAACAAGCUGGUGUGCGGGAAGAAGGGGACGCCCAUGAGGCCCAACGCCGACUUGAACAUCUAUGUCUUCGCCCUUUUCAACGAGAACAUGAAGUCCAGCCCAACCUCCGAGAGGAACUACGGCCUCUUCAAGCCGGAUGACUCCUCGGCCUACUACAUUGGCUUCAACAGCACCGGUCUCCUUUCCACUUCCUCCAAUACCUCCACUACUCCUAGUAGUACUGGUAGUAGCAGCAGCAGCAGUAGUAGUGUUCCUCUUGGCUCCUCCUCCUCCUCCGGUAGCACCACUUCUUCCACAGCAGUAGUAGUAUCAUAAGAUGAAAGUCAAA